AUGAAUAAUGUUAUGCUCCCAAGCCUUCCAGCACUCUUAGGGACGAAAAACAUGAUUGAACUUGGUUCCCUCUCCUUCAAUAUUAGCCAUGUUACAGUUCUGGACUCCCUCUGCAAUCCAAGCACAACUGAUGAAAAGUUACUGGCUAAUGAAAUGUCUAAGCAUUUGACUUCAAUAACUGCUUUGAGCAUUUCUCAUGUUGAAAAACUGGCGUUCCUACCGACAUGGUUUACUCGAGAUUUGACGGGACUCGAGAAAUUGGACAUUAGUAACUGCCAAGAACUCACAACAUUGUGGCAGAAUAAGGUGAGAAUACAAGUAUGUCUCCCUUCUCUCUGCCAUUUGAAUAUUUCUCAUUGCCCCAAACUCGUUUGCUUGUUUGAAGAAGAGCAAGAAAAAAAAGGAGAAGGUUUGAAAAAGCAGCAACAUGAGGGGCUGCCUUGCAUGACGAGACUGGAGUGUUUAACAAUUUAUUGGUGUGGAAUACUGAAGAAACUGCCACAAGAUCUGCACACAUACACAUCUCUUGGGGUGCUUAGAAUCUGCAAUUGUGCAAGUCUGAUCUCUUUUCCAAUGAAAGGUUUGCCAUCUAUGCUGAGAGAACUUGGGGUUUCAGGGUGUGAUGCUUUGGAGUCCCUACCCGAGUUGAUGACACUCAAUAAUCUGCAAGAGUUGAAGGUUUCUUACUGUGCAUCACUCACAUAUUUAUUGUCAAGAGGUGGGCUACCAUCCACACUAAAACAACUUGGGAUUGUGCAUUGCAGCAAUCUGGAGUCACUUUUUGCAGAGAAAGGGAUCAAAAUUGAUUGUCCAUCUCUUGAAACUAUUGCAAUUGAGUAUUGCAGCAGUCUCAAAUCUUUACCUGAAGUCAAUAAUCUCAGGAAUCUCAGUCAAUUGCGGAUAUACUAUUGUUAUAAUCUGGAGCCCCUGUCACUUGGUGGUCGUGAUGAGAACAACAACAUCAACCAACGCACUUCGCUUCAAAAGCUGUGUUUAGUUGAUUGCAGAGCAGAAAUGGUCUCCUACUUUGUGAAGGAAGGGAGUUUCCCCACCAACAUCACUUCACUUUCAAUCGGGAGGUUCAGAGUGGACGACGUGGGUCAACUUCCAGUUCCGCCUCCAUCUCCAUUAGAGUGGGGUUUGCACAAACUCUCUUCUCUUUCAACACUCCACCUUGAAGGCGGAGGUUGGCCGUGGGGAGAUACGGUGUCCUUUCCAGAAGAAGGGAUGUUCCUGCCCACCUCUCUCAUCAAUUUGACCAUCCAACAUUUCCCAAAUCUGGAAAGACUCUCUUAUGAGGAGUUUCAAAACCUCACCUCUCUUGAAAGACUUGAUAUCUCGAGUUGCCCUAGGCUCGCGUCCUUUCCAAAGGAAGGGUUGCCUUCCUCUCUUUUGCAUCUAUGGAUCUAUGACUGCCCUGAGCUUGCGACCUUUCCAGAACAAGGCUUCCCUCCCUCGCUUUUGUCACUGGAGAUCAGCGGAUGUAAUCCAAUACUGAAACAGAAGUGUGAAAAGGGGAAACAAUAUUGGCCCAUCAUCCAAUACAUUCCUGUACUAUAUUUGGAAGUAUAA